UGUUAUCUGACUCUGGAUCCCAACACGACACAUCCUAACCUCAUUCUGUCUGAGAAGAACAGAGUGGUGAGAUUCAGUGAGAGAAAGCAGCAGUACUCUGAUCAUCCAGAGAGAUUUGACUCCUGGUGUCAGGUGUUGUGUGAGGAGAGUGUGUGUGGACACUGUUACUGGGAGGUGGAGUGGAGGGGUGUUGGUGUGUUCAUAUCAGUCUCAUAUAAAGACAUCAGCAGGAAAGGACAUGGUGAUGAGUGUUGGUUUGGACACAACAAUCAGUCCUUGUGUCUGUUGUGUUCUUCUUCUUCUUCUUCUUCUUCUUCUUCUUCUUCUUCUUCUCUCUCUUUCUAUCACAACAACAUUCAGACUGAUCUCAGAGUUCCAUCACCCUCCAGAAUAGGAGUUUAUGUGGAUCACUGUGCAGGAACUCUGUCCUUCUACAGCAUCUCUGACACCAUGAAGCUCCUCCACAGAGUCCACACCACAUUCACUCAGCCUCUAUAUGCUGGGUUCUUUGUUGGUUAUCUAUCAGAAGUGAGGUUGUGUGAUCCAGAAUAAGAUGUAUCUGGUGUUUUGUGGUCAGUAACAAGUAGAAAUUGUAUCACAAAUGAUCUUAUAGAAAAGUGUUUCAUUUCAACAAGAUUCCACAUUAUAGAGAGAUUGUUCCUGAGCACCAAAGCACUAAAAUGUAAAUCUAAAACACACACACAGAAUAUUCAUUCUUUAUAAUGACAUAAUCAUUUUAUUAUCCACAGACACUUACAGAAAUGAGUUUUAUAGGUUUUUAACAAUUAAGAACAUUAUUUUAACGAAACAUUUAUAAAAGUUUACAAUAGCCUGGUUGUGUGAGUAUGAACAGCUUUAUAAUUGGGGGUGUGUCUGUGUUCAGAAUAAACCAAUCACGUUCAGUCUCAUGUACAAAAGUAAUUAUCAUCAGCUGCAUCAAUGAAAUGAUUCUGAUUAACUCCAAUUAAAGAAGCUUCUGUGGGAUUUUCUUCAAAUCUUCUUGUCUUAAUCUGAUCGACUAAAAUAACAGAAGAAGCUUUGAUAUACUGCUAUAUUUUACUUUAUAAACUCCUGACACACAGCAAGGUUAUUUGGCAUAAAACCUGUGCCAAAUAGAAAUAUGCGGACCAAAUGAUCCACUGUGGUGACCCCAAACAGGGAGAUGCCGAAAGAACAACAACAACAUAAACUCCUGACACAAAUAUGAUAUGAAACCUGUGUGUGAGUGUGUGUUUUA